CCGCCGCCGCGGGGGCUCCGUGCGGAGCGGCGCGGGGCACGGUGCGGUACGGCUCGGCGCUCACUGAGCUCACCGCUGGACGCUCAACGGCGCCCGCGCCGCUGCAACGAGUAGGGGAGAGAGAUCCGGCCGGCAGGAAGACAACUGGAGGAGUUUAUGUUGGGUGAAUUCCUUCCCUUGUAAAAGCUCUCUGUCUUUCUAGAGUGUCAGUCUGCUAUAUCUGAUCUACAAUGAAUACCAAAUCUGCAAUCAACAAAGAAAUUUUUGCCCCACAUGAUGAAAGGAUGCUGGGAGCUGUCCAAGUUAAAAGAAGAACGAAAAAAAAGAUUCCUUUCCUUGCUACUGGGGGUCAGGGUGAAUAUUUAACAUACAUCUGCCUGUCAGUGACAAACAAAAAACCAGCUCAAGCAACUAUUACAAAGGUCAAGCAAUUUGAAGGCUCUACAUCAUUUGUUAGGAGAACGCAGUGGAUGCUUGAGCAGCUUCGCCAGGUCAACGGUAUUGAUCCUAAUCAGGAUUCCCCAGAAUUUGAUUUAGUAUUUGAAAAUGCUUUUGACCAAUGGGUAGCAAGCACAGCUUCAGAAAAAUGCACAUUCUUUCAGAUUCUUCAUCACACAUGUCAGCGAUACCUUACAGACAAGAAGCCAGAAUUCAUCAAUUGCCAAUCUAAAAUUGUUGGAGGAAACAGCAUACUCCAUUCAGCUGCAGACAGUGUGACAAGUGCGGUACAGAAGGCAAGUCAGGCUUUGAAUGAACGUGGUGAAAGACUAGGUCGAGCAGAAGAAAAGACGGAGGAACUGAAAAACAGUGCUCAGCAGUUUGCAGAAACUGCACACAAGCUUGCGAUGAAGCACAAAUGCUGAGAUACUGCCCAAAGUUGAAAUAUUCUCGAAAGAAACUGAAAAGCCUAGGUUCAGCAGUUUUUACAGGAGAUGAAGGAUUGUGUGUGUUUUUUUUUCCUUCCGGUUCAGUGGAGAUGCAUUCUUUCAGCUUCCGUGCAGGAAAAGAUGUUGCUUUUCUACCUUUUUGACUUACAUUUUGUUCCUCUUUUGUAAUACUGCGACAAAAUCUUGCAGUACUUUGUACCUCUAUUUCUGUUUAUUACAGGAGCUAAAGCAAACAGGGGAGCUGGACCAAAUGACAAAGUUGAUCCGGAUUAAAAUAGUAAUAUUCUUCCCGAGUACUCCUUCCUGGUAUUGCAUAGAAGAGUAUUUUAACUAAGUGCAGACAUGAAUGCAGAAAUAAAAUCCAAAGAAAGGGUACACAUUUCUUGAAUUUAUGUAGCAUCAGCAGAAUAUGAAUGUUGGAAUUAAACACAUGAGGAUUUAACUGUGGUGGAGAAUAUUGCCUUGGGAAAAAGAAAACUGGUUUAGCCUAUCCAGCGUAGAAAGUUUUGCAUGUGCCAACACCAGCAUUCCGAAGGGCAUAUCUGAAUUUCAUAGGGGAAUCUGUUUCCAGUGCUGCAUUUUGAAUAUUUCUAUUUUAACUUCCAGAUGGAUUAUUUGAAGAGAAAAAUGAAAGAAACAUACAGUGAAUGUAGGUGUGAUGUUUCAAAAUUGAGGAAAAAAGAGAAUGAUAAACCUAUACAUAUAGCUGUGCCUCAAAAAUAAUCUAGUGUCUAGCAAUCUGGUGUAAAAUAACAUCUCAUAUUAUUUUUUACCUGUGCUUCUCUAGUUAAAGAUGGAUGCAAAAGAGAACGCACUGCUUUCCAUAUCCUUGGUUAUUCAUAAAUGUUACAGUAAAAAUUUUAGGGAAUACUCUUCAGAAAUUUGAUGAGAGUUACCUUCGUCUUAGUUGAUCAUCUGAUUUUUAAAAUAGGUGCUUUUAUAAAGUGUGUAUUAGUGUAGUAAAAUCAUACCUUUGGUUUGAGCAUCGGUUUUCAGUAUACAUUAUCACUGGAAGUGUGACUCCCUACUUCAUUCUGUAUCCAUUGUGUGCAAUAUGUGUAUUAUAUUCUUUUUCAAAGAUAAAUAGGUUACUCUUUUUUUUCUUUAAAGCUGUUUUUUUUUUAAA